AAACUUGGAGACUUCGGACUAGCAAGGUCGAUUGGGAUACCAAUAAAGCAUUAUACGGCUGAGGUGGUGACAAUGUGGUACAGAGCGCCGGAGCUCAUAAUGAGGAGUCAGACGUAUUCCUCCGCAAUUGACCUAUGGUCUGUUGGUACUGUAUUAGCUGAGAUGGUGAUUAAAGAGCCUCUUUUUAGAGGAGACAGUGAUAUCGAUCAGAUCCACCGCAUUUUAAACAUCUUAGGAAAGCCGAGUGAUGAAGACUUAGAAAAGAUGCCAUAUUUCAACAAGUCGUACUUCACCUACCAAUUUCAACCAGAAGAUGAGAUACUAGAAAAGCUCAAGAGGGCUGGAGAGAGUGGCGUUUCUCUUUUAUUAGGACUGCUCGACUACGUUCCUGGAAGAAGGUUUUGUGCACGAGAAGCAAUGCAACACAAGUUCUUCAAGCAGAAUGAAUAA